AUGGCAUCGCGAAAGGUUGCCGACAAAGCGAAGGUGCACGAGCUGGCAGACACGGCCAGCGACAGUGCCACCAAGGUCAUCGGCCGGGUGGAGCAGGCCCUCACCAAGCUUGAUCUGGGAAGGGUGGACGUGCAGCAGAUCACCAACGACAUCUUGAACGGCAAGGUGGACCUCUCGGGCUUUGCGAAAGACCUGAACCUGGGCACUGUCCCACCGACGGAGGAGCUCGGGACUGUUUGGACUGAACUGGAGUCCCAUCUUCAGCAGGUUCUGCAGGGCGCGAUGCGCUCUGGUGACGGUUCUUUGAAUGGAUGA